GGGGGCGGCGGUGACGGCGGGGCUGCCCGGCCGUGCGCUCUGCAGCGCGCCCGGGCCUGGAUGCUGCCGCGCGGCCGGCUGCGGGAGCGGGGCCGGGACAUUAACGCUCCCCGAUGGCCAACGGAGCAGCUGAGCUGGAUAACAUGGAGAUCCAGUCACAGAACAACAACACCCGCUGGGAGAACACGGACAACCAGAUCUGGGAUGACACCACGGCCACCGCCAAGCUGUUUGAGUGUUCCCGCAUCAAAGCACUCGCCGAUGAGCGCGAGGCCGUGCAGAAGAAAACCUUCACCAAGUGGGUGAACUCACACCUGGCCCGGGUGUCCUGCCGCAUCAGCGAUCUCUACGCCGACCUCCGUGAUGGCUACAUGCUGACCAAGCUGCUGGAGGUGCUGUCCGGGGAACAGCUGCCCAAGCCGACACGCGGACGCAUGCGGAUCCACUCGCUGGAGAACGUGGACAAGGCCCUGCAGUUCCUGAAGGAGCAGCGCGUGCACCUGGAGAACGUCGGCUCGCACGACAUCGUGGACGGGAACCACCGCCUGACGCUGGGGCUCAUCUGGACCAUCAUCCUGCGGUUCCAGAUCCAGGUGAUUAAAAUUGAGACGGAAGACAACAGGGAGACCCGCUCGGCCAAGGACGCGCUGCUGCUCUGGUGCCAGAUGAAGACGGCAGGGUACCCGGAAGUGAAUAUCCAGAACUUCACCACCAGCUGGAGGGAUGGGCUGGCCUUCAACGCCCUGAUCCACCGGCACAGGCCAGAGAUCAUCGACUUCAGCAAACUCACCAAAUCCAACGCUACUUACAACUUGCAGCAGGCCUUCAACGUGGCCGAGCAGCAGCUGGGCCUGACCAAGCUGCUGGACCCGGAAGAUGUGAACAUGGAGAACCCGGACGAGAAGUCCAUCAUCACCUAUGUGGUCUCUUUCUACCACUACUUCUCCAAAAUGAAGGCCCUCGCAGUGGAGGGGAAGAGGAUUGGGAAGGUGCUGGACCAGGCGGUGGAGCUCGAGAAGCUCAUGGAGCGGUACGAGCUGCUGGCGGCCGAGCUGCUGGCGUGGAUCGAGCGCACCGUUGCCAUUAUCAGCAACCAGAAGUUCGCCAACUCCCUGGCCGGGGUGCAGCAGCAGCUCCAGACCUUCACCACCUUUUGCACCCUGGAGAAGCCGGUCAAGUUCCAGGAGAAGGGGAACCUGGAGGUCUUGCUGUUCAGCAUCCAGAGCAAACUGCGUGGCCACAGCCGCAAACUCUACGUGCCCAGCGAGGGCCGCGCUAUCUCGGACAUCAACAAGGCCUGGGCCCGGCUGGAGAAGGUGGAGCACGAGCGGGAGGUGUCGCUGCACAACGAGCUCAUCCGGCAGGAGAAGCUGGAGCUGCUGGCCCAGCGCUUCGACCACAAGGCCGGCAUGCGGGAGGCUUGGCUCGGCGAGAACCAGCGGCUGGUGGCGCAGGACAACUUCGGCUACGACCUGCCGGCGGUGGAAGCAGCCAUGAGGAAGCAUGAGGCCAUUGAGGCAGACGUCUCGUCCUAUGAGGAGCGCAUCCAGGCGGUGGCGGAGCUGGCGCUGGCCCUGGAGGCCGAGGGCUACUACGAUGUGCGGCGCGUCAGCGCCCAGAAGGGCAGCAUCCUGCGCCAGUGGGGGCUGCUGACCGAGCUGGUGGGUGCCCGGCGGGCCCGCCUGGAGCAGAGCCUGGCUCUGCAGACCAUCUUCCAGGACAUGGUUUACAUGAUCGGCUGGAUGGAGGAGAUGCAGGCCCCGCUGCUGUCGAGGGAGGUGGGGAAGCACCUGCUGGAGGUGGAGGACCUGCUGCAGAAGCACACCCUGCUGGAGGCCGACGUGGCGGCCCAGAGCGAGCGGGUGCAGGCGCUCAACCAGGCCGCCCUGAAGUUCUGCGAGCUGGAGGGUUACCAGCCCUGUGACCCCCAGAUCAUCUGUAACCGCGUGACCCACGUGCAGACGUGCCUGGAGGAGCUGCGCCAGCAGGCGGCCCAGCGGCGCACGGAGCUGGAGGCCUCCCGCCACCUGUGGGCCUUCUUCCAGGAACUGGAGGAGGCGGAGGCCUGGGUGCGGGAGAAGGAGCAGAUCCUGGCCUCCAAGCCGUGCGGCAAGGACCUGAGCAGCGUCCUGCAGCUGAGCGGGCAGCACAAGCUGAUGCUGGGAGAGCUGGGUGGGCGCCGGGCCCUGCUGCACCAGGCUGUGAAGAAGGGGGAGCAGCUGCUGGCCACCCAGCGCCCCGGCACGGCCCAGCUGCAGGAGAAGCUGCAGGAGGUGCGGCAGCGCUGGAAGAAGCUGGAGGAGGUAACGGGGAUGCACCAGCAGAAGCUGCAGGAGGCCUUGAGCUUCUACCAGUUCAGCGCGGAGACGGACGACCUGCUGGCCUGGCUGCAGGACACCUACCGCCUGGCCUCCAGCGACGACUUCGGGCACGACGAGUACUCCAGCCAGGCGCUGCUCCGCAAGCAGGCGGCCGUGGCUCAGGAGCUGGAGCAGCACCGGGCGCCCGUGCUGGCCCUGCGCGCCCAGCUGGCCCGCCUGGCCCCCCAGCACCACCAGGUGGUGGACGUGCAGAUCCGCAUCGUGGAGGUGGAGCAGCUCUAUGGGGAGGUGGCCGAGGUGGCCGUGCUGCGGCACCAGUGGCUGCAGGACGCCCUAGCCGUGUACCGCAUGUUUGGCGAGGUCCGCGCCUGCGAGGGCUGGCUGGACGAGAAGGAGCAGUGGCUCUCCGGGAUGCACGCGCCCCAGGAGCUGGAGGACGUGGAAGUGGUGAAGCACAGGUUUGAGAGCCUGGACCAGGAGAUGAGCAGCGUGAUGGGGCGUAUCCUGGACGUGAACAAGACGGUGCAGCAGCUGGUGGAGGGCGGUCACCCCAGCGCAUCCGAGGUGCAGUCCUGUCGGGACCAUCUGAACAGCAGGUGGAACCGGGUGGUGGAACUGGUGGAGCAGAGGAAGGACCAUCUCAGCUCCGUCCUGAGGAUCCAGAACUACCUGCUGGAGUGCACUGAGAUCAAGGCGCAGAUCCGAGAGAAGCGCCGCGCCGUGGAGGCCAGCCAGUGCAGCACCGGCGACCUGGGUGGCGUCCUGGCCUUGCAGCGCAAGCUCUCCACCAUGGAGGCUGCCCUGGUGGUGCUGGAACCCAAGCUCCUCGAGCUGCAGCAGGAGGGGGAAGCCUUGGCCACCACCCACCCGGCCCAUGCGCUGGCCGUCCUGCUGCACUUCGAGGAGAUCAGUGAGGAGUGGGAGGCCUUGAAGAGCACCCUGCAGGGCUGCGAGGACUCGCUCUCCGUGGCCAGCCGGCUGCAGCAGUUCAUCCAGGACCUGGACAACUUCCUGACCUGGCUGGUGAAGACUCAGGCAGCCGUGGCCUCGGAAGAACUUCCCAGCAACCUGGCGGGGGCGGAGCGGCUGCUGAGCCAGCACGUGGCCCUCAAGGAGGAGAUUGACCGCUACGAGGAGGACUAUACCAUGAUCCAGGAGGCCAGCGACGUGCUGGCCCUGGAAGAGGCUGACGUCCCCUGCCUCUCGCUCCAGCAGUGGCUGCAGAAGCUGGACGUGGGCUGGAACAAGCUGCUGCAGAUGUGGGAGAGCCGGCGGGUGGCGCUGGUCCAGGCCCACGUCUUCCACCUUUUCCUGAGGGACGUGCAGCAGGCUGAGGCGUGUCUGUACAACCAGGAGUCCACCCUGGCCCACGCGGAGCUCCCCAACACAGUGGAGGCGGUGGAGAAGGCCAUCAAGAAGCACAAGGAUUUCGUAACCACCAUGGAGCUGAGCAUGCCGAAGACAACGCUGGCCCUGCAGGCCGGGGAGAGCCUGGUGCAACAGGGCAGCCCCUACAGCGAGCGUGCCCAGGAGGAGAUGGCAGCGCUCAGAGCCAAGAGCCACCGGAACUUCCAGCUGGCCCAAGAGUGGAUGCAGCAGCUGAACGAUCACUUGGAUCUGCAGCGUUUCUUGCAGAACUGUCACGAGCUGGCCGGCUGGAUGAAGGAGAAGCGGCCCAUGGCCGGGGACCAGGCGGCCAAGCCCCACCAGCGCUGGCUGCGGCACCGGGCGUUCCUGGCCGAGCUGGCGCAGAACCGCGAGUGGCUGGAGCAGAUCGAGCAGGAAGGCCGGCAGCUCAUUGAGGAGAAGCCGGAGCUGGCCGGCUCGGUGAGGAAGCAGCUGGAGGAGAUCCGGCAGUGCUGGGCAGAGCUCGAGAGCUCAUCGCAGGCCAGGGCCCGGCAGCUCUUCGAGGCCAGCAAAGCGGAGCAGCUGGUGCAGAGCUACGCGGACCUGGACAAGAGGCUGGUGAACAUGGAGGGGCAGCUGCAGGCUGUGGAUGCUGGUGCCAGCCUGGCCACCGUCAACAACCAGCUGAAGAAACUCCAGACGAUGGAGUCGCAGAUGGAGGAGUGGUACAAAGAGGCCGGGCAGCUCCAGGCGCAGCUGGCCUCCCUGCCCCUGGAGCCGGCCAGCAAGGAGGCGGUGGAUGAGAAGCAGAAUGCGGUGGGGACACGGAUUGUCCGCCUCAUUGAGCCCCUGAAAGAGAGGAGGAGGAUCCUGCUGGCUUCCAAGGAGGUGCAUCAGGUCUGCCACGACCUGGAGGAUGAGAUCAGCUGGGUCCAGGACCGGCUGCCACUCGCCACCUUGAGAGAUCCCGGCAGCAAUCUGCAGGCCGUGCAACAGUUCAUCAAGAAGAACCAGAACCUGCGGCGGGAGCUGCAGACGCACCAGCCCCGGGUGGACGAGGUGCUGGCACGGGCGGGCUCCCUCACCUCCAUCAAGAGUCCCGAGGUGGACGGGGUGCGGCUGCUGCUGGAGAGGCUGCGGGAGCUGUGGGGGGCGCUGCAAGAGCAGACGGAGCAGCGCCAGCACCUGCUGGACGCCACCUACCAGGUGGAGCAGUAUUACUUCGACGCCGGCCAGGUGGAGGCCUGGCUCAGCGAGCAGGAACUGCUGCUCAUGAACGAGGAGAAGGGCAAGGACGAGCAGAGCACCCUGCAGCUGCUGAAGAAGCACCUGCUGCUGGAGCAGACCAUUGAGAACUACGAGGAGACCAUUGCCCAGCUGUCCCGCCAGUGCCGAGCCCUGCUGGAGCUGGGCCACCCCGACAGCGAACAGAUAAGUAGGCGGCAGUCUCAGGCUGACCGGCUCUACGUGUCUCUGAAGGACCUGGCGGACGAGCGCAAGGCCAGGCUGGAGCAGCAGUACUGGCUCUGCCAGCUCAGCCGCGAGGUGGACGACUUGGAGCACUGGAUCGCCGAGAAGGAGGUGGUGGCCGGGUCGCCGGAGCUGGGCCAGGACUUCGAGCACGUCACGCUGCUGCAGGAGAAGUUCACGGAGUUCGCCAGCGAGACGGGCAGCGUGGGGAACGAGCGGCUCUCGGCCGUGAACCAGAUGGUGGAUGAGCUGAUCGACUACGGGCACGUGGACGCGGCCACCAUCGCGGAGUGGAAGGACGGGCUGAAUGAGGCCUGGGCCGACCUGCUGGAGCUGAUGGAGACGCGGGCCCAGAUGCUGGCCGCCUCCCAUGAGCUGCACAAGUUCUUCAGCCACUGCAAGGACCUGCUGGCCCAGAUCGAGGAGAAGCAGCAGCGGCUGCCAGAGGUGGCGGCCCGCGAGUCCCGCAGCUCCGCCGGGGCCCUGCAGCGGGUGCUCAGCUCCUUCGAGCACGAUGUGCAGGUGCUGGUGAGCCAGGUGCGGCAGCUGCAGGAGGGGGCGGCCCAGCUGCGGACAGUGUACGCUGGGGAGAACGCUGAUGCCAUCGUCACCAAGGAGCAGGAUGUGAUGCGGGCGUGGAAGGAGCUGCUGAGCUCAUGCGAGGCGUGCCGGCUGCAGAUCACCACCACCACGGACAAGAUGCAUUUCACCAGCAUGGUGCGCGACGUCAUCUCCUGGAUGGAAGGCGUCAUCUGCCAGAUUGGCACCAGCGAGAAGCCCAGGGACGUGUCCUCAGUGGAGGUGCUGAUGAACUAUCACCAGGGCCUGAAGAACGAGAUCGACGCCCGAAGCCAGAGCAUCGCAGCCUGCAUGGAGCUGGGCAAGACCCUGGUGCUCAACAGAAGCCCCGCAGCCGAGGAGAUCAAGGGCCAGCUGGAGAAGCUGAUGGCCAAGAAGAAGGAGCUGACUGAGAAGUGGGACAAGCACUGGGAGUGGCUGCAGCAGAUGCUGGAAGUGCACCAGUUUGCGCAGGAGGCCGUGGUGGCCGACGCCUGGCUCACGGCCCAGGAGCCCCUGCUGAAGAGCCACGACCUGGGCAGCAGCGUGGACGAGGUGGAGCAGCUGAUCCGGCGCCACGAGGCCUUUCGCAAGGCGGCCUCCUCCUGGGAGGAGAGAUUCAGCUCCCUGCGGCGCCUCACCACGCUAGAGAAGCUGAAGGCCGAGCAGAGCAAGCAGCCGGCCACGCCACUCCUGGGCCGCAAGUUCUUGGGGGAGCCCAGCGAGCCAGGCCCCAAGGGCCCCUCGCUGCUGCGCCAGGCCGAGGCAAAGCUGGAGCAUCAGGACCUGCUGUGGGGCCAGCCCCAGGCUCCAGCCCUGCCCAGUGGGGGCCCGGGCGAGCCCGCCAAGGCGCUGGAGCUCAAGGUGGCCUACGUGUGGCAGGAGAUGAAGCCGGAGCAGCUGCAGCCCCGGCUCGACCGCGUGCAGGAGGGCCUGGCCACCAGCGCCGAGAGGCUGAGGGAGGCGAAAGCAGCAGCUGAGGAGAGGCUAGAGGCCAAGCCGAGCCAGCACCUGCAAGUGCCCGUGGCAGGCGCGGGGCUGGCAGAGCCGGGCCAGGUCAGCCAGGCCGAGACGCAGCCGGAGCCCAGCGAGCAGGAGACGCCCCGGCACGAGCAGCCGGAGAGGCGCCGGGAGCGCCGGGAAUGGCAGCUGGAGCGGCAGGAGUCCAGCGAGCUGGAGACGCCCCGGCACGAGCAGCCGGAGAGGCGCCGGGAGCGCCGGGAACGGCAGCUGGAGCGGCAGGAGUCCAGCGAGCUGGAGACGCCCCGGCACGAGCAGCUGGAGAGGCGCCGGGAGCGGCACGAGCGGCGGCUGGAGCGGCAGGAGUCCAGCGAGCAGGAGACGCCCCGGCACGAGCCCAAAGGAGGCGGCAAAACCACCCUGGCGGAUAUUGUGGAGCAGCUGCAGGAGAAGGAGUCAACUGCGCAGGUGCCAGCCCCGCCCCGGGACUCCCCCACCCGCCUGCCCAACAGCCUCGACCUGCUGCCUGAGCGGACGCCGCGCCCGGAGCGGCCGCGGGCCCGUGACAGGCCCAAACCAAGGAGGAGGCUGCGGCCCAGGGACCCCAGCCAGCCCCCGGGGGAGAGCCGCAGGUCCCGCUCGGCACCGGCCCAGAGCAGCGCCCCGCCCCCCCCGCCCCCCACCCACACCGCCCACCUGGAAGGCUUCCUCGCCCGCAAGCACGAGCUGGAGGGGCCCAACAAGAAGGCCUCCAACAGGUCCUGGAUAAACCUUUACUGUGUCCUGAUCAGAGGGGACCUGGGCUUCUAUAAGGACGCCAAGGGGCAGGCGUCAGGCAGCACCUACGGCGGGGAGCCGCCGGUCCCCCUGCACCAGGCCACCAGCCAGGUGGCCAGCGAGUACAAGAAGAAGAAGAACGUCUUCAAGCUCAAGACUGGCGAUGGUAACGAGUUCCUGCUGCAGGCCAAGGAUGAGGAGGAGAUGAAGAACUGGCUCCAGGCGCUGGCUGCGUCCACAGAGGAGCACGCCGAGAUUGCCCGCUGGAGCCAGGCGCUGCUCACCACCUCCUCCACCGACGAGGGCAACCCCCGGCGGGCGAGCGACCGGCGGGCCAGCACGUCCGGCAGGAAGAAGUGAGGCAGCCCGGGGCAGCGUGCUGGGGCUGAGAGCGGACCCACACCGCCCCACAGGCUGCAGCGUCCCUCCACGUCACGCACCGAGCCAGCCCCCUCCUGCGCACAUCCUGGACAGCCCCUGGACCUGGGGCCCCCCGCACACCCCACUGCAAGAAACCACGCCCGAGCAGGGCCCCCGGGGCGAGGGGUGCCCUGAAACACACCCGUGAAGGGGUGCGAGGAUGCUGGCGGCACCGCCCGGGCUCUGGAGGGACGUUGGCACUAUGUUCGCCGUUCGGUGCCUGGAGGAGUCCAGCCGGCCCGGCUCCUCACCACGGGAUGAUAUAUGCAAAGCCGGCACUAGGCGGGGCUGGGAGGGGAAAUCUACGGGACUCAGAGACUCUGUGCAGUGGGGAAGGGCCUUGGGGGGUCGCUAGGCCUGGCCCACUUCAUUUCCUCUCCUGGGGGGCAUACAGGAGCGUCCUCCCCCCACCCCGAGUCAUCGCCCCUCUCCCUGCGUGGUGCAGGGCUGGAGGGGGGCGGGCAAUUCUCUCCCAGUUCUGUUCCCUCCCCAGCAUGGGAAGCCGCUUGGCGUUUCCGGGGCAGGGGAGGGGAUGCUUUUCGGGUAGACGCUCCCAGGGGGUUUAAGCAUUUUGGGUAAUUCACAUAAGGGAACCGGGCACUUGGCUCUCGCUGAGCCCACUAUGGACAUGGGCCCGUCGCACAGGGGGCGGGUUCUGAGCACACGCAGCAUUAGGGGACAGGGCCUGGGUUCGAGGUGCGGGUCCUUCCCAGCGUUCCUGGCUGUCCCAGCCUGUGCCAGGACCGGCACGCCCUGCCCCGCUCUGGCCCAUCGCUGGCAGGCAGCUCUCCAUUCUGCCACCACCUCAUCUCCGUCUUACUGGCAAUGCCCAUGGCUCCGGGUGGGCCAGGCAUUUGGAGAGGGAGUCCUGCCUCCCUGGCCUGGUCUGUCCCUGCAGCCCUGUGCUUGGCAUCUCGUCCCCUGGGUGAGCAGGCUCUCCUGACGCCCACCCUGCCAGCAAGCCUGGCACCUCGGCCAGCGCAGCCCCAGAGCCCCUGGCCCUGACGCCCCCCCAAGGGUAUCUGAGACUCGCCCCACACUGAGCCCCUGGUUCCAUCUCCCACUCGUGCAUGCCCUUGCAGGCCAGCUCUCGUGAACACAUGUCCAUGCACGCUCAUGUUUCAGCAUCCCAAGCCUGCUGUUCCCACCUCUGCCAUGUGGGUCAGUUCAGCAUCGGCAGCGCUUGGCCGGAUCCCCCAACUCCUCCUGCAGAGCCAGGGGCCCGAGGUUUCCUGCCAGCUUUGGACAGGUCCUGGGGUUUCGUUGCCAUCCUGGGAAGUCGGAUGCGUGACUGGUCCAUAGGGACAGGGACAGGGAGAUCUCAGCCCUGGCACGGCUCCCCCGGCCCUGUCCUGCCAGCCCGCAGCCGGAGCCACAUAGGGCCAGGUCUCUUGCAAACGGAGCUAGGCCCUGCUGCCAGCCUGGCCGCGGCCCUCGCCCCACGGGCGGCUGGGCACAGUGAGGGGUGGAGCUGCUGGACCUGGGGCCUCUGUACCCCUAGGGCCUGUCCAGCCCUCUGCCCCCUCCCCCACCCUGCAUAGGCCGUGUUUGGGCCUCUGCUGAGCAAGGCUCCAGGUCCCUGGGCGCCAUCUGCCCCGGCUCGCCCACCCCCAGUGUGCAGGGACACGCUGCCCUGGUGCAGGGGGAAGGUCUCAUGGUAGAGGGGCCCCAGAGGAGCCAUUUCUUUGUCGCAUCCUCUGUGGUCCUUCUCCACGUCCCCCCAACCAGGAGCCCUCGCCCGGUGCCUUCAGGCCCCAGGAGAUCCGGCUCGGGGAGCAGCGGGGGAAGCCCGUCCCCUGGGGGAGCCUGGGCAACAGCCCCUGCACCUUCAAACCGGGGGAGAUCAGGACCCGCCCUUGCUGUGGCCCAGCCGAGAGUCCGGAGGUCCCGGCUGCUGUGGGCUGGGCUCCGGUGCCAUUAACAAGCCAUCGUCCUGGCUCUGCACGUGGGUGACCGGCCCGGCCCCCAGCCACAGCCUGUGCCCGCCGGGCAGCGGGGUCCCGCGGGAAGAGCCGGGGGGGCUCGUCUUUAUGCAAUAAGCGGGCAGAGGGUCGGGGGGGCUCUGGGGCGGGGGCGGCUGGUCCUUGGCCAAAACAGCCCCUGCCUGGCCCGGCCCGGCCCGGCCGCAGUCGCUCGCAGCGGGGCAGAGCCGGGCUGGGGGCGACUGUGGGGCUCAGGCCCCUGGGCCGAUUGCUGCGGGCUGCGG